UCCAAUAUAAAAUACAUCUUAAAUUUGUGAGAAAUUUUCUCCCUUCAGAAAUUUAUUUGCAAAGGCAUGUCUUUACAGGAAUCUGUUAAAAAAUUAUAUGAAUUUAGAGAUUUCUUCUUUGAAGAUCAUUCUUCUGAGUUAGCAGACAAAAAAACAGAGCUUUUAGCAUCGGAAUUGAAUAAAACACUAAAAUUAUUUGUCAAGGAAAAAGAUGAGAGUGAUUCUUGUAAGAAUGCAGAAUCUGAACUAUUAAAGGCAAAAGCAUUGAAUGUGCUACCAGAAUACAGUCCUGAAGCUUUUGAGAUACUAACGAAGCUUGUUAAAUUUCAUCCACGUUUAGUGGAUGCCUUGAAUGAACUUGGUUUAUGUUUUUGGAAGAAAGGUGAUGUCAAAGCGGCUAAAAAAUGUUUUGAAAAUGCUUUAAGAGAGGGAAAAAAUGCAGAAUCUCUGCAAAACUUGUCUAUGAUAUUGAGACAACUUGGAGAAACUCCUGAAGAAAAGCAAAAAAACAUGCUAGAAAGUUUAGAAAAAGCUAAAGAAGCUGUAGAAGUUAAUGAUGAUGGGAAAUCAUGGUAUAUUGUAGGAAAUGCCAACUUGAGCUUAUUCUUUAGUUUAAAUCAGAGUCCCAACUAUUUAAAAGAAAGCCUUCUAGCUUACAACCAUGCAAGUCAAGAUAAAGCUAUGAAAUGCAAUCCUGAUUUAUAUUAUAACUGGGCAAUGGCCUUGAAGUAUGAUGAAAAUUAUAAACUGACAUUGGAAAAAUUAGAGUUGUCUAUAAAAUACGAUCCCCUUUGGACAAAGCCUCAAGAAGAAUUAGAAUCAUUGGUUAAUCACCUAAAAAAUAUACAAUUGAUGAUAUCAACUAAGGGCAAACUGAAGUCCCGUAAAAUAAGAGAAAUAAUUAGCGCACUCAAAAAAGAACUUGAUAAUUCUAAUUCAACUGAAACUUUUGUUAAUUCUAUCGGACGAUCUGAGACUUAUCAACAUUCCAAAAUUUCGGAUCUACAAGAAGGAAGUAAUACCGGUAAAAUGCUUAAGGGGAAAGUAGCGUGCCAUGUUUAUUGUUCUAAUUCUUUACCAUUCACAUUUUGCUUGCUUGAUGAAAAAGAAAAUUGUUUUGCUGUAAAUGUAUACAAUAUGGCUCAAGGCAAAGGAGUCAUCAUUGGAGAUAGUGUGAUUAUUUUAGAUCCUCACAUUCAACAUUUUAAUUUUGCAUUUAAAGACAAUACUUAUGCUUUUUCAUCUAUUCGUGUUAACAGUCCAUUACAGUUGGUAGCGAAUAAAAGGAGAUUUGGUCGUGAUACUGUUGCAACACCACAGCUUUCUGUAAUUGUAAAAAGUGACUAAUUGUUUAUUUCAUAUGUAUUUAUGCUUCAGCUUCAUAUUUUUCUAUUAAACAUUUUAUGUAAA